CUGUUAACUUGUUCUCCAUCCUGUGGAGUUUGCAAUGUUAGCUGCCAACAUCACAUUCGUGUUGAAGCAUGUGGUUGAACAACACACGUUCGAGGAUAGGUCCGCCAUUUUGACGACACCCAGAGAGCCGCCAUUUCGAUAACGCGCGAACUCUAAAACAAUGCAUGCUGUGCCGUGUACUGUGUUCUUAUUGUAGUGAUUGUGAUGCUGUGUGUGUGUGUGUUUUGAUUUAACAGUACAAAAUUGACAGUGCUUCUUAUCUAGUCCACGAAUCAAAGUAAAAAUGUUAAUACAGUUUCCUUAACAUAAAUAUAAUAGACUAGCGAGAGAAAGAGACGAUUCUCGUCUCUUAGAAGUUGUACACGGAUUGGAGAAAGAAGUAUUCAGAAGAAAAGUAUAAGAGAUGGACACUAAAAAUGAUGGACGUGGUGAUGACAUAGAGUUAAGUGCGCAAGGAACUAGCAAAAAACCUAGUGAGGUGGCAAUAAAAUCUGAUUUACCUGAACGAGGAUCAUGGGCCAGCAAACUUGAUUUCAUCCUAUCCGUGAUCGGUCUGGCUAUUGGGCUUGGCAAUGUCUGGCGGUUUCCCUACCUCUGCUACAAGAAUGGAGGGGGAGCCUUCCUUAUACCGUACUUCCUUACCCUCAUCCUGGCUGGAAUACCCAUGUUCUUCAUGGAAUUGGCGAUGGGACAAAUGCUUACGAUUGGCGGAUUGGGUGUGUUCAAGAUCGCGCCAAUUUUCAAAGGUAUUGGGUAUGCGGCUGCUGUGAUGUCUUGCUGGAUGAACGUCUACUACAUCGUGAUCCUCGCUUGGGCGAUCUUCUACUUUUUCAUGUCUAUGCGAUCAGAUGUCCCAUGGCGAACCUGCGACAACUAUUGGAACACUGCCACUUGUGUCAACCCCUACGAUCGGAAGAACCUCACCUGCUGGUCAUCCAUCGACAUGACUACAUUCUGCACCCUCAACGGGAAGAACAUCAGCAAAGCGGUCUUGUCUGAUCCUGUUAAGGAGUUCUGGGAACGUCGUGCUCUUCAAAUAUCAAGCGGUAUUGAAAAUAUCGGCAACAUCCGUUGGGAAUUGGCUGGAACACUAUUGCUGGUGUGGGUUCUAUGCUACUUCUGCAUCUGGAAGGGUGUCCGCUGGACCGGAAAGGUCGUGUAUUUCACUGCAUUGUUCCCGUACUUCUUGCUGACUGUGCUUCUGAUUAGAGGUAUUACAUUGCCAGGAGCGAUGGAGGGUAUCAAGUUCUACGUAAUGCCAAACAUGAGCAAACUUAUGGAGUCCGAAGUGUGGAUAGAUGCUGUCACUCAGAUAUUCUUCUCAUACGGUUUGGGGUUAGGUACACUAGUGGCUUUGGGGAGUUACAACAAAUUUACUAAUAAUGUGUACAAAGAUGCUCUUAUAGUCUGUUCCGUAAACUCUAGUACGUCUAUGUUCGCUGGGUUCGUUAUAUUCUCUGUGGUCGGCUUCAUGGCUCACGAACAGCAGCGACCUGUUGCAGAAGUGGCAGCAUCUGGGCCCGGUCUUGCUUUCCUUGCAUAUCCUUCAGCUGUACUCCAGCUGCCUGGUGCUCCACUUUGGUCCUGCUUAUUCUUCUUUAUGCUCCUGCUCAUCGGCUUGGACAGUCAGUUUUGUACGAUGGAAGGUUUCAUCACUGCCGUGAUUGAUGAGUGGCCAAAACUUCUCAGGAGAAGGAAGGAGAUCUUCAUAGCCAUUACCUGUGUCAUAUCGUAUUUGGUUGGGUUGUCUUGUAUUUCUGAGGGCGGUAUGUAUGUAUUCCAAAUCCUCGAUUCCUAUGCCGUUUCCGGGUUCUGCCUACUAUUCUUGAUAUUCUUCGAGUGCGUCUCCAUAUCUUGGGCUUUCGGCGUGAACCGUUUCUACGACGGCAUCAAGGAGAUGAUCGGAUACUACCCUACAAUCUGGUGGAAGUUUUGCUGGGUUGGAUUCACACCUGCCAUAUGCAUUAGCGUGUUCAUUUUCAACCUGGUGCAAUGGAAGCCGAUUAAGUACAUGAACUACGAAUACCCCUGGUGGUCACACGCGUUUGGCUGGUUCACUGCCCUCUCUUCUAUGUUAUGCAUUCCUGGUUACAUGGUUUACUUGUGGCGUGUGACUCCUGGGACCAGACAAGAGAAAUUCAAUACGAUCGUCCGUAUCCCUGAGGAUGUUCCCACUCUUAGAACCAAGAUGCAGGCAGAAGAGCUGGCAAAGCAUGGAAAAGCUUAAAUUAAAUCUGUUACUUAGACCCCAUGGAUCUCAAGGAGAUGAGAGAAAUGUAUUUGGAAUAAGACAGAUUUUAUGCACUUGCAUGAUCACUACCAAAUUCUAAUUAUAGUUACUUUGAAUACAGCACCUAUGUUAUAUAUAAUUUUACUAAAAACAAAUGUAUAUCUUCUAAUAUUGAUCAUGCAAGAGUAUUUAAUAUCAAGGAAAUGGAUAAAUAUAUUCUAAAAGAUCACGCACAAAUUUUUAACACAUGUAGACAUGCUUUAUAAAAAAACAAAUAUUUAAUGCAAGUCAAACUUAAUAUUAAGUUAUAUACCUUUCUUCUCAUACAAUGAUUAGAAAUUUAGUGGAUUUAAUUUUAUAGCAAUAUAUUAACUAUAUAUCCAAAUUAUAUACACAGCAAAUAAUAUAUUAUUUUAAUUUAUAACGAGGUGUAGAUUUAGUAGAACCUUUAUAACACUUAUAUGAAUAUAGCAUUUAUUGAUGUUUAUUGUCAACUAACUAUAAUAGCCAAUUAGAAUUAUUGUAAAA